CUCGACACAAACAACUCACGAGACCAUGUCCGCAGCCAAGUGCCCUGUGUGCACCAAGACGAGGCCCAACGCGAGUAGGAGGCGCAUGCAACGGGUGCCGGCCACAAGUGCAGAGCAAGAGUGGGCGAAGAGAGGGGAAGGGGAGAGAGAGAGAGAGACGCUAUAGAGGUGGCAAUCUUGGAGGCGUAGGCGUCUGUGGAGAAAGGGGCGGUUUCGAGGUGAUGGUUCCUUCCUCCCCCUGGCCCGAAAGGGAACGACGCCAAACUUGGACAACCUAGUGGGGCUUUCUUCUUGGUAGCGACUCACGGAUGUGCCGGUGGGCGAGCGAGGACAGGCAUACCCGAUGGAGUCAGUGCGCGCGCUGUCAAAGACAUUCCACAAGGCGUGCCUCAAGUGCUCGACAUGCGGCAUGUCGCUCAACCUGAAGACGAUCGAGAGUGAGGGCGGAGUGCUGUACUGCAAGGUGCACCUGCCCAAGGCGACGGCAACGUCUGUGGCUGACUCUGUGGAUGUGCAGCGGGCGACGUCUGCGCCGAAGCGGCCGGUCAAGAGUGGGAUGACGGCGCCGCCGCCAUCGGGCCCGCGGCCUACGCGGACGGGUGGCUCGAGCGGAGGAGGCUCGUCGCGCUUUGCCUCGGCGGGCGACAAGUGCCCGGUCUGCACCAAGACAGUGUACCCGACCGAGGCUGUUGCGGCGCUCGGGCACAAGUACCACAAGGCAUGCUUCCGGUGCUCCGAGUGCAACAUGUCGCUCAACCUGAAGAACUUCCAGUCGCGCGACAAGAUCCUGUUCUGCAAGCCGCACCUCCCUAAGGAGUCGCACACCGCUGUUGCCGACGACAUCCACACCCAGCGUGCCAUCAACGCGCCGAAGCGGACCAUGGCCCAGGGCGUGCGGUCCGACCUCGAGGGCGGUAAGCUCGUCGAUGCCUCCAACUUUUCCGAGAACGACUUCCAGCGCGAGUCGCACUUUGACCCGGUGAACCAGACGACCGAGUCGCUGCCCGGUGCGCGCCAGGAGGAGGAGCCCGAGAUCAACACCGGCGGUUCGGGCGGCUGGGGCGCCCCUGCGCCUGCUGCCGCAGAGCCGGAGCCGGCCUCGGGAGGCUGGGGCACCCCUGCGCCUGCUGCCGCAGAGCCGGAGCCGGCCUCGGGAGGCUGGGGCGCUCCCGCGCCUGCUGCCGAGCCGGAGCCGGUCGCUGAGCCCGCCGCCGACGAGUGGGCCGCAGAGCCUGCCGCAGAGCCUGCCGCCGACGGGUGGGCCGCAGAGCCUGCCGCAGAGCCCGCCGCCGACGAGUGGGCCGCAGAGCCCGCCGCCGACGAUUGGGGCGCAGAACCCGCCGCAGAGCCCGCCGCCGACGAGUGGGGCGCAGAGCCCGCCGCAGAGCCUGUUGCCGAUGAGUGGGCUGCCGAGGCCGACACUGGCUCCUACCUGUACCAAGUCCAGGCCAUGUACGAGUACGUGGUGGAGGAGGAUGGCGAGCUCGGGUUCCCCGAGGGUGCUGUGGUCAACGUGCUCGAGGAGCUGUCGGAGGACUGGUGGCACGGCGAGUACAACGGUGCUGUCGGCAUGUUCCCCGCCAACUACGUCCAGCGGAUCUAA